AUGGGUCACGAAUUUGGUGGUACGAUACUUGAGGUCGGAGAGGGCGUGGAUUAUCUUCGCCCAGAUCAAAGAGCUGCGGUUCACCCUACAAUCUUUGACAAGACUUGCGGGACCAGUAAACAGGGCUGUGAGAAUUGCUAUAGUGUGAAUGAUGAACUUGCUGAGUUAGUUGAACCACUUGCUAUAGCCUGGUACGAAGUUAAAAACUCCGCUUUCAAAUCCAAGGACAACGUGCCUGUCCUAGGAGGCAGACCAAUCGGGAUCGCGAUUGUUCAAGUCCUCAAGCUGCGAGGGGCCAAGACCAUCAUCACCGUCGAGCCGGAGGCCAAACGCAGCGAUCUUUCCAAGCACUUCGGCGCUACUCAUGUUCUAGAUCCCCGCCAAGUGGAUGUUCCACAAGAGGUACAUAAAAUCACGAAUGGAUUGAUUCGCCUCGGGGAACAUGCAAUUUCUCCGAUUUACUUUUACCCAUAG